AUGGACGGUAAUUUUGCUUUGUUGCCUAAAGGUUUUAUGCAGCUUUAUGUAAUAAGAAUACAAAUUAAUGAUUUUGAAAAAGCAGUUAUCAAUGCWAUAAAAAAAGUUAUAGGCGAACAAGUAGAAGUGAAUGGUUGUUUUUAUCACCUUACUCRAGCAACACAUCGUCAACUUCCAAAAAUGGGAUUAAUAAAUGAUUAUAAAUCAGACGAAGAAUUUUCUAUAUUUUGCCGACAAUUGGAUGCAUUAGCAUUUUUACCAUUAUGUGAUGUAGCUGAAGGAAUGGUAUACUUAAAAAGUAUUAUGCCAGAAAAUGGUUCAGCUAUAUUAGAAUAUUUCGACAAUACUUAUGUGACUGGAACAUUCAGAAGUAUUAAUUCGUCAMAAAAUAAUUGCAUACGCUUGCGGAAUUUUCCACCCUUAUUUCCACCUCACGUAUGGAAUGUACAUAAUAUAACAUUAAACGACGRUAAUCUGACUAAUAAUGAAACUGAGGGAUGGAAUAAUAGAUUUUCAAAGUUAGUGGGACAUUGCCAUCCCAGUAUAUGGGUAUUAAUAAUGAAAAUUCGUCUGGAGGUGGCAAAUGACGAAACAAAAUUGGCUCAGAGUGCGUUGGGGACAUUAUCAAAAAAAAAGAAACGGAAGAUUUAUGCAGAUUUACAAAAUAAAUUAAAAAAUAUAUGUAAAGAAUAUUCAAAUGGGGAAAGAGAUAUCCCAAAUUUUUUAAAGGCUAUAGCAUAUAUACUAUUCGAUAUUGUUAAUUUGUAG